AGUGAACGUGGCCAUUCGUCAAGUUGCUUCGUAAAAGGUCUGACGUGGAAUUAGGUAAAAAUUACGGAAAAUCAGUGAAAAUUCACCCGAAAACCACAUUGAAUAGUGUGUGAAAUGCUUUAAGCAUUGCCCUAAAAAGAAAUCUAAUCGGGGAAUUGAAAAAAGUUGGAGAAACGCAUGUGAAAAGCGUGAGAAGAGUGUCGCCGUGGAAGUGAAAGUAUUUGUGUUCCCGAAGCGCCCCUUUUCCACCUUUGUAGACUGACUACUUCUGGAAGAACUUAAGGGAUGAACCCACAACAAAUUAUGAGGGGCCCUCCGCCUCCAAUGCCACAGCCAGGAUGGCCCGGUGCGCCGCCGUCGCAGCCCCAGAAUCCAGGGAUGUAUAAUGGGAACAGUCAAUUGAAUCAAUUGCCUGCUCAAAUGUCGGGCAUGAAUUUGGGCCCACCGCCUACUGGUCAGAUGCCGAUGGCACCUCAAGGACCGCCUCCAACUCAGUUUGCCCCUCCGCCAGCAUUUCCCAAAAUGGGACAGCCUCCGACCACACAGCAACCCCAGCAAUCCUUCCAGAAUGGCCCUCCAGUGAGCCACUUGAACGCUGUGAACAACAAUGUGAGUCAGGCGAACGGAUUCACAGCGCCUCCAACGAUGGGCCAGCCACAGAUGCCGCCAGGCCCUUAUGGCCCACCUCCAGGGGUGCCGGGGCAAGUGCAACAGACGGCAAGACCUCCCAGUCAAGCUCCUACCGGCCAAAUGCCACCACAUCAGAGCGUUUCUGGACAAUUACCUCCAAAUCCAGCUCUGAAUCUGGUUCCUCCUAGCCAGAUGCCUUUGAGUCAGGGACCACCUGGACCGCCUGGUCAGAUGCCGCCUUUGAAUCAGGGACCACCUGGACCGCCUGGUCAGAUGCCUCUGAAUCAAGGUCCGCCUGGUCAGAUGCCUUUGAAUCAAGGUCCUCCUGGUCCGAUGCCUUUGAAUCAAGGUCCGCCUGGUCAAAUGCCUCUGAAUCAAGGUCCACCUGGUCAGAUACCUUUGAAUCAAGGGCUUCCUGGAGUGAUGGCUUCCAAUCAAAUGCCUCCUGUACCGAAUCAGGGCCCUCAUAUGCCACCACAACAGUUUCCCGGCCAUCAGUCAUCAUUCCAGGGCGCACAGCAAUAUCCUCAGCCGCCUCAGGCUGGGCAGCGCUUUCCUCCAGGCCAGGGAGGCUACCCAGGAGCACCUCAGAUGCCCCAAAUGCCUCAGGUACCGCAGCAGCGGCGCCUAGACCCAGAUCAGAUGCCCAAUCCCAUCCAAGUAAUGGCAGAAAACCAGCGCUCGUGCCAAGGACCUUUUGUGACAAAUCAACCAGGCCUUGUGCCACCACUCGUGACCACCAAGUUCAUCACUCAUGAUCAGGGCAACUCUGGACCACGUUUUGUGCGAUCCACUAUGUACAGUGUGCCGGCAACGACAGACAUGAUCAAGCAAACGGCAGUGCCAUUCGCUCUGAUCGUGUCGCCGUUCGCGAAGACACUGGAGGGAGAGCUAACGCCACCAAUUGUGGACUUGGGCGAGCUUGGGCCCAUCAGAUGCAUCCGCUGCAAAGCCUACAUGUGUCCCAAUAUGCAGUUUAUUGAUGGAGGAAGGCGAUUCCAGUGCCUGCUCUGCAAGGCGACAACAGAAGUGCCGCCAGAGUACUUCCAACAUCUCGAUCACACAGGGCAGCGCAUGGAUAAGUACGAAAGACCGGAACUGGUGCUCGGAACUUAUGAGUUUGUAGCUACAAAGGACUACUGCCGGAAUAACACACCGCCGAAGCCACCGGCGAUGAUUUUCCUCAUUGAUGUGUCGUACAACAAUGUAAAGUCUGGACUGGUGAAUCUAUUGUGUGGAGAGAUGAAGAAUAUUGUGAAGAAUUUGGCCAAGGAUCAAGGUCACGAUCGCAGUUAUAUGAAAGUGGGAUUCAUUACGUAUAACAACACUGUGCACUUCUAUAACUGCAAAGCCUCUCUGGCUCAGCCACAGAUGAUGAUUGUGGGAGAUGUUCAGGAAAUGUUCAUGCCACUCUUGGAUGGUUUCUUGUGUGAUGUGGAAGAAUCUUCAGCGGUGAUUGAUGCUUUGAUGGAACAAAUUCCGGCAAUGUUCGGUGAUACUAGAGAGACAGAAACCAUUCUUCUGCCAGCCAUUCAGGCUGGAAUGGAGGCUCUAAGAGCGUCUGAAUGUGCUGGGAAGCUUCUGGUUUUCCAUUCCUCUCUGCCAACUGCCGAAGCACCGGGAAAACUGAAGAACAGGGAUGCCAGGAACCUUCUAGCCACAGAAAAGGAGAAGACUGUUCUCACGCCGCAGUGCACGACGUACAACAAUCUAGGUCAGGAGUGCGUGCAAAUUGGCUGCUCCGUGGAUUUGUUUGUCUUUAACAAUUCCUACAUCGAUCUGGCAACUGUCGGCCAAGUGGCGAGACUCACGGGCGGACAAGUGUACAAGUAUACUUACUUCCAGGCCGAUCUGGAUGGCCAUAGGCUGAUCGAGGACGUGGUGAAGAACAUUUCACGUCCGAUUGCUUUUGACACCGUGAUGCGCGUGAGAAGUUCAACGGGAAUUCGGCCGACGGACUUUUAUGGGCACUUUUUCAUGUCCAACACAACUGACAUGGAGAUCGCCAGCAUUGACACCGAUAAGUCUGUGGCCAUUGAGAUUAAGCAUGACGAUAAGUUGCCUCCUGAAGAGAAUGUGUACAUCCAAGUGGCUUUACUCUACACAUCUUGCAGCGGACAGAGACGUCUUCGUGUGAUGAAUCUGUGCCUGAAGACGUGCACUCAGAUCGCUGAUCUCUAUCGCAGUUGUGAUCUUGACGCCACAAUCCUCUACUUUGCAAAGCAAGGCAUGGCGAAACUGCUGGAAAACACACCGAAACUUGUGAAGGAUAAUUUGAUCAAUCGCUGUGCGCAGAUUUUAGCAUGUUAUCGCAAGAACUGCGCUUCUCCCGCGUCAGCGGGGCAACUCAUUCUGCCGGAGAGUAUGAAAUUGCUGCCACUGUACACAUCAUGCCUGUUGAAGAACGACGCCUUCUCCGGAGGAUCGGAUAUGACAGUGGAUGAUCGGUCAUACGUGAUGCAAAUGGUCUCGGCUAUGGAUUUGCCCACUUCUGUGGCGUAUUUCUAUCCGCGGCUUAUUCCGCUGCAUGAUGUGGAUCCCAAUGGUGAUGAUUUGCCCGAAUCCAUGCGAUGCACAGCUGAGAAGAUGAUGGAAGAUGGAGCUUAUAUUCUAGAGAAUGGAGUUUACAUGUUCAUGUGGCUGGGAAUGGGCUUAUCUCCUGAGUUCACGCAGGGCGUCUUUGGAGUGCCGUCAACACAACAGAUUGACGCUGAACGUUCGUAUCUACCAACACUGGACACGCCGCUGUCGCAGCGUGUGCGGAAAAUCGUAGAAAUGAUCCAGGAGCAGAAGACACGCAAUAUGAGACUCACUAUUAUACGCCAGCGGGAUAAAUUGGAGAGCGUGAUGAGACACUUUCUGGUGGAGGAUCGCGGCACCGAUGGCACCGCGAGCUAUGUGGACUUCCUGUGUCACUUGCACAAGGAGAUUCGCACACUCCUGAGCUAGCCGAUGAUCGUGAAGGAAUUCACAUAUUUUCCGAAUGAACUGGUAAAGAGGCGCGAAUGCGAGGAGCCGCGGAGUUUUUCACAGAAUCGAACGAGACAAAUGCGCUACAGGCGCGCCCUCUUUGGUGGCAGAUGGUGAAUUAUAGAAUCUACUACAAAUCUAUUGAAUAGGCAAUUUGCAGAUGAACAGGAUAAAUCCAUAAAUAAAGUACUACUAAUAUUUACCAAUAUAUAGAUGAAGUAAUAAAAUAGUAUUGAUAAACUGUAUAAUACAUAUAAUGGCAAACAAGAGAUGUUAGAUGGCAAUUCAUUUCCUUUUCAGUGGGAAUUACAGUCUCAAAUGAGAUCAAUGAAUGAAUAUAGAGCAGAUUUUUAUUUAAGAUUAUAUAUUUUUGUUGUAACUGUUCUUUUGUCA